AUGAAUUGGGAAAUCACUCCUUCCAUCGCCAAGAUGACUGGACCACAAGAGGACGACGCGGAGAAGGAGGGCAAGCUGAAAGCAGCCUUGUGGUACAGUGUAGGCCAGACUGUGGAUGCUGUUGCAAUAUCCCAAGACCUCAACGCCACACCUCAUUUUAUUGGAGGUCUAAGUGAAAUGUGCUGGGCUCAGAUUGAGACGAUUGCGCAGGAUUUAGAAGCCUUCGCGAAGCAUGCUGGACGCACGACGAUCAACGCCGAAGAUGUACUUCUGCUUGCCCGACGGAACGAGGGCCUGGCUUCGAUCUUGCAAGCUGAAGCCAAGGCUGCGAAGGAGAAGGACGCCCGAUGA